CUGAGCAGGACGCUGGCCAGCUGUGCCUAAAACUUUGCGGAAGAAAAGGAGGAGGAGAGUCCCAAAUGAGCUGAGAGGGUUCUCCUCGACCCCUGCAGAAAGGAAGAUACUUUAGUAACGUGGAUCCAGCUCAGUGAAGGACUGCUCAAGAUCAGAGGGGAAUCUCUUCCACAUUCUUCUCCUUCCAGAGCAGUCAUGGAGGUCAGCAAUGAUAUCGACAACCAGUCAUCCCUCUACUGUGACUAUGUUGAAUGGAGUUCAUCAAAGGUCCUAAUUCCUACCAUUUAUGUGCUGGUUUUCUUACUAGGCACUGCUGGCAAUGGUCUGGUGCUGUGGACCAUAUUCUGGGGGGGCCAGGAAAAACGACGAUCAGCGGAUACAUUCAUUGCCAACCUGGCAGUGGCUGACCUAACCUUUGUGGUUACCUUGCCACUCUGGGCUACCUAUGUAAUCUUGGACUACCACUGGGCCUUUGGUUUGUUUGCCUGCAAACUCAGCAGUUACUUGGUUUUUGUCAACAUGUAUGCCAGUGUCUUCUGCCUCACAGGGCUCAGCUUUGACCGCUAUUUGGCCAUUGUCCGGCCCAUUGCCAAUGCCAAACUCAGGUCAAAAGCUAGUAGUCUUUUAGUGACUGUUACUCUCUGGGCCUUGGCGGCUCUUCUGGCCUUGCCAGCCAUGAUCUUCCGGAGUGCAGGAGCGCUCAAUGGGGAGAACAAAGUGACUUGCUUCAUGGAUUACUCAGGUGUAGCAUCCAAUGAGACAGAGGCAGCCUGGGAGGCAGGGCUAGGCUUAUCCUCCACCUUAAUGGGCUUUGUAGUGCCAUUUGCCAUCAUGCUGACCUGCUACUUCUUUAUUGCCCAAACCAUUGCUGGCCACUUCCGAAAGGAGCGCAGUGAAGGACUGAGGAAGAGGAAGCGUUUACUGACAAUUAUCAUUGUUUUGGUGGCUACCUUUGCUGUCUGUUGGCUGCCUUAUCAUCUGGUGAAAACCAUCUACAUGCUGAUGGAUUGGGAAGUGAUGCCCUUGUCCUGUGGUGUCCAUGCCUUCCUUAGCAACCUUCACCCUUAUUGCACUGGCUUGGCCUAUGUCAACAGUUGCCUCAACCCUUUCCUCUAUGCCUUCUUCGACCCCCGCUUCCGACAGGCCUGCGCUGCUGUCCUCUGUAGCUCCUCAGGGCAUUUGGUAGCUGCUGCUGGGGACAAGUCAGCCAGCUAUUCCUCUGGCCAUAGCCAAAACCAUCCAGGAAAAGUUGGGGAGCCACAAAGGGAGAAACAGAGCCCAGACAGUCAAGAGACUCUGCUCCGAGGGUAAAAGGAGGACACCACCAACCAACCAUGAAGAAUUUUAGACACCUGGAGAGUCUGGCACUUUGCAGAUCACACUUGCCCUGUUUCUCAGAUGGAAAGAAGUGAUCACAGCUCCAGAAAAGUGUGCUUUGAAGAUACAAUGCUAGAACUAGCACCAUGGACUCGGCCUGCUAUGGAGAAAACAGAUCACUUGAUAAGAUACAGUGGAACUGAUAUAAGACUAUAUUCUUAGUCUUGCUUUUCUCCCUUUUCCUCCCCCCUCCACAUUUUCCUACAACAUGGAAGUCUAUGAGGUGUUAGAAGUAGGGUUUCCAAACUCCAGGUGGUAGUAGGAGUUCUGGAAUUAUAACUGACCUCCAGGCAACAGAGACCAGUUCUCCUGGAGAAAAUGGCUACUUUGGACAGUAGACUCUAAGGCAUUAUAGCCUUCUGAAGUACCUUCCCUCCCCAAACCCCACCCUCUCCCGACUCCACCCUCCAAAUCUCCAGGAAUUUUCCAACCUGGAGCUGGCAACCCUAGUUAGCUGAUCUCUUGGGUGACUUAGCAGCAAUGUCUUCUCUUUGUAUCCCAGUGUUAUCUCCCUCAUGCCUUAACUCUCUUUUUACAUAGUUCACUGGGAGCUGGUUUCUCCUAGAAUGUGAGGGAAUGUCUAUAUCACCUCCUUUUGCCAGUUAAUGAUAGAAGAUGUAUUUGCAUGGGCAAUAAAGGUUCCCCUUUGAGAGAGAGGGAGUUUGUGCUGAAA